AUGCACCUGGACCCCAGAGCCUCCCUGGAGGUGGGCGUUUGGGGUCCCCCAGGGUGCGAGGCUGAGAGUUGGACCAAGGACUGGGGCCUCCCGCAGAUGAGGUGUGGGGUGAGGAAGGAGCGGGAGCAGGGCGGACCACGCGACCUGAGGCUGGCGUACAGACACAGUCCCUGCGACGGAGUGGUGCUGGUCCGCCACAAGGAGCAGUGGGGACACGUAUGCAACGAGGGGUGGACAUUGGCAGAGGCAUCCGUGGUCUGCAGGCAGCUGGGCUGCGGCCAUGCGGUGGGUGCACCCAAGUACGUCCCGUUGCCUGGGGAGAUGGUGCGGCCGUGGCUUCACAACGUGUCCUGCAGGGGUGAUGAGCCCUCCUUCUGGGAGUGCAGCCUCGGGGCUUGGACGCAAAGCGAGUGCCCUCACGAGUGGGUGGUGGUGGCUCUGUGUGCAAAGAGGGCCCCACGCAGCCCAGCACUGAGCCCCUGGAAGGAGCAGGCUGGUCUCGGGCUGGAACCCAGGCCCAGUGUAGGCACUGCCGCGCCCAAAUGCAGGCUGGUCGUCGAGGUGGGCCACAGGCUCCGAGCGGCCAAGCGGCCGGCAGAGUCCCCCACCUUUAGCCACGUGGGCCUGUGGUUCUCAGAUGGCACCUUUCGGGAGAUCCGGCUGGUGAAGGGCCGCAGCCCCUGCUCUGGGCUCCCCGAGAUCAGGAAUGUGAAUGGGGUGGAUCGCCUCUGCGGCCUGCAUGAGGAGGAGGCCACUGUGUUCUGCCGGGAGCUGGGCUGUGGGCCUGUGCUUCAGGCGCCGCGCCGAGAUGUGGGUGUCGUCGGGAAGUACAUGACGUGCAGGGGCACCGAGCCCACCAUCCGGAACUGCAGGCUUAACAACAAUCUUCGCAGCGGCUGUGACUUCCAGCAGGACGCGGACGUGGUCUGCGCAGGGCACACGGAAGCCCGGUUGGAGGGCGGUGAGCACCCCUGUGCCGGGCGUCUGGAAGUGAGGCGUGGCCUGACCUGGGGCACCGUCUGUGAUGAUGACCUGGACCAGGCCACGGCCCACGUGGUGUGCCGGGAGCUGCAGUGUGGCUCGGCCGUGUCCACGCCCGGGGGCGCCCACUUCGGUCGGGGCUCUGGGCCUGUGUGGACGGAGGCCUUCCUUUGUACAGGCAACGAGUCUCUGCUGUUCCACUGCCCUCGGGGGCCAGGGCACCAGUGUGGGCACGGCCAGGAUGCCGGGCUCAGAUGCUCAGGUGAGGCUAAGAGGGCAGCCUCCAAGUUCCGACUGGUUAACGGCAGCAGCAGCUGUGAGGGGCGCGUGGAGCUCCAGGUGCAGCGGGCCUGGGCACCAAUCUGCGCGGCCCACUGGGACUUAGCAGACACCACUGUCCUCUGCCACCAGCUCAACUGUGGCAGCGCAGAGGCCACACCCCUAGGAGGCCACUUUGGGGGCGGGGACGCUCCCAUCUGGCCUGAUGUGUUUCACUGUGUGGGGACAGAACCCUAUUUGUGGAAUUGCCCAGUAGGCACCCUCGGGAGCGGGGCCUGUGCCCUGGGGAACGCAGCUGCCGUGGUCUGCUCAGGUCUCCUCCACGCCCUCCGGCUGAGGGACGGACAGAGCCGCUGCGAUGGCCGCGUGGAGGUCUCCCUGGACGGGGUGUGGGGCCGCGUCCUGGACGACUUGUGGGACCUGCGCGGCGCCCACGUGGUGUGCAGGCAGCUGGGGUGCGGACUGGCUGACCGGGCCUACGAUGCACCUGCGCCCCGGCGCGGGGCCGUCCCCGUGGGGUUGAGCCGCGUGCGCUGUCAGGGCACCGAGACCCGCCUGACCCAGUGCAACGUGUCCGCAUCUCCGCUAGUACCCGCGGGGGCCGCGCGGGACGCGGGCGUUGUGUGCUCUGGGAGCCGGCGGGUGCGGCUGGCCGCGGGGCCCCACCGCUGUGCGGGGCGCGUGGAGGUGCUGCACGGAGGCGUGUGGGGCACCGUGUGUGACGACGGCUGGGACCUGCGGGACGCCCACGUGGUCUGCCGGCAGCUGGGCUGCGGCCAAGCCCUCCGCGCCCUGGGGGCUGCGCCCUUCGGUGCCGGCUCUGGGCGCAUCUGGCUGGACCAGCUGGGCUGCAGCGGCCGCGAGUCUGCGCUGUGGCAGUGCCCGUCGCGGGGCUGGGGCCGGCAGGACUGCGGGCACAAGGAGGACGCGGGCGUCGUCUGCUCAGGGUCAGUAGCUCUGAGGCUGCGAGGUGGCAUCCACCACUGUGCUGGGUGGCUGGAUGUGUUCUACAAUGGGACAUGGGGCGCCGUGUGCAGUAAUGCCCUGAAGGACAUCUCCUUGUCCAUCAUCUGCAAGCAGUUGGGCUGUGGGGAACAGGGCUGGCUAGAGAACAGGCCUGUCCACAGCAGCUUGGGCACCUCCUGGGUGGAUGACAUUGAGUGCCGCAGGCUGAGAAACUCCACACUGUGGCAGUGCCCCUCAGCGCCAUGGCACCCGCACUCCUGUGCCCCUGGAGAGGAGGUCUGGAUCACCUGUGCAGAGAAAAUGACACAGGAUUCCGGGGAGACCCUCAACUGCUCAUCCACCCACGGCUGCCCAGAGGAGGGUAUGCUGCGUGUGCGUGGGGGCAAGGACAGCUGCUCCGGCCGUGUGGAGCUCUGGCAUGCUGGCUCCUGGGGCACCAUUUGUGAUGAUUCCUGGGACCUGGCAGAUGCAGAGGUCGUGUGCCGCCAGCUGGGCUGUGGCCCAGCUCUGGGUGCCCUUGCAGGGGCCGCCUUCGGGCCAGGCUCGGGCCCUGUGUGGCUGGAUGAGGUGGGGUGCCGUGGCAGCGAGUCGUCCCUGUGGAGCUGUCCUGCGGAGCCGUGGGGACUUGGAGACUGUGGACACAAGGAGGAUGCUGGUGUGCACUGCUCCCGUGACAGGGGAGCCACGGCCUUUCCACCAGCACUGGCACGGACAUUGGAUGGAGGGUUUGACCUGGGAACACUCUGA